AAAUCAUCCUUGAAUAAAAAAGUUUAAAAUGAUUUUAUUAGUAUUGCUGCGAUUAGAUGGCAGAAAUUUAUUGGAAGCAAGAUCAGUAAAACUUUAUUUUGGAUCCGAUUGGGGAAGCUGUAUGGUUUUACUUGGUCAAACUAGGGUGGUAGCACAAGUAUCAUGUGAUAUACAGCAACCUAAAACAUCACGUCCUAAUGAAGGAAUGUUGCAUAUCAAUGUUGAACUGAAUCCAUUGGCAGCCUCACAUUUUGAUGGUGGUAGACAGUCUGAAGCUUCAAUAUUAAUUAGUCGACAACUUGACAAAUGUUUUAAAGAUUCAAAAUGUAUAGACUUGGAAUCAUUAUGUAUUAUAUCUGAUAAAAAGGUAUGGAAUGUAAGAGUUGACAUAAAUAUUAUUAAUCAUGAUGGAAAUUUAAUUGACUGUGCUUCUAUUGCAACAUUAGCAGCUUUGUUACAUUUUCAUAGACCAGAUGUAACAUCAACUGGUGAAGAUAUUAUAAUUCAUUCUUUUUCUGAAAAAGAUCCUCUUCCUUUAACAGUAUAUCAUUAUCCAGUUUGUGUGUCUUUUAUAACAUUUGAAAGUGGAGAUACAAUUAUGGACCCUACGUAUUUGGAAGAAAGAGUUGGAGUUGCUCAACUCACACUUGGCAUGAAUUCUUACAGAGAAGUUUGUAGUUUACAUUUUAAUUAUUUGACAAAAACUAUGACCGUGCAAGAUGUAAUAUCAGCAGUUUCUCAUUAUGCAGCAAACUAUGCUACUACGUUAGUACAACAGAUUAGGGAAGCAGUAACUCAGGAUGUGGAAGCAAGGUACAAGAAAGAUGAUCGUAAUACAAAUCGAUUUAAAGAGUGCAUAACACUAAAAAAAUUGACUACAAUCAAUACUGAAUGUAUUAGUAUUAAAUUACGUAAAUGGGGUGAAGUAGAAAAAGUGGAAUCUAGAGAAGUUUGCGAAGAAGCUGAGGACAGUAAAUGCAGAAUUAUAAAACCUGGAGAAGGUUCAGCUGAAUUAAUAGUAGACACUCAUAUGUCAAUUGGUGAAGGUGGACCUAGUGCAUGGAAUAUGUCAGAAUCUUCAGAGGAAGCGAGUGAUGUAGAAAUUACAGCUGAAGUAAGGAAAGAAGAGAAAGUAAGAAAAAAGAUGCCAGAUGACACAGAAAUAAAUGAAGACAGUGAAGAAGAAGCUACUGAAAUGUUAAAUACAGAAGACAUAAUGCAGUAAAUUGUAAAGUAAUAAAAUGAGAAGAAUAGAGUUACACAGAAAGUAUUCUAUCAUUUGUCCUGCUAAGUCAAUAGAUGCACCUUUUUUAUUGAAUAUCAUAUAACUGUAAGUGCAUAAAAAUAAAAGUUUCAAAUUAAUCGUUAUA